AUGUCCUUGCUCAGCUCCGCAGCGUUCCCUGGCUCCGGCCGCCGGGCGCGGAUGGAGUCUCCUGCUGAGCCGGGAAGCUUUUCCCUUCCCGGCUCCCGCCGGGCUCCGGGAAGCGCCGGGAGGACGGGGAAGGCGCCGGGCUACACGUCCUUCUGGAACGACUGCAUCUCCUCGGGGCUGCGGGGCGGCAUCCUCAUCGAGCUGGCGCUGCGCGGCCGCAUCCAGCUGGAGCCGCUCACCCUGAGGAAGAAGAGGCUGCUGGACCGGAAGGUGCUCCUGAAGUCGGACGCUCCGACGGGGGAUGUCCUGCUGGAUGAGACCCUGCGGCACAUCAAGGCUACGGAGUCUGCCGAGACGGUGCAGACCUGGAUCGAGCUGCUCACGGGGGAGACCUGGAACCCCUUCAAGCUGCAGUACCAGCUGCGCAACGUGCGGGAGCGCGUGGCCAAGGGCCUGGUGGAGAAGGGCAUCCUGCGCACGGCCAAGCAGAACUUCCUGCUCUUCGACAUGACCACGCACCCCGUGAGCAACCAAAAAUACUUUGACUCCGGGGACUACAACAUGGCCAAGGCGAAGAUGAAGAACAAGCAGCUGCCGAGCGCGGGGCCGGACAAGAACCUGGUGACGGGAGACCACAUCCCCACGCCGCAGGACCUCCCGCAGAGGAAGUCCUCGCUCGUCACCAGCAAGCUCGCGGGGUAA